CCCGCCUUGGGCUUUCUUCACACGCCAUUCCAUCUCGCGCACGGAGCGAGCGUCGAAGCAACCUUCAUCACACCUUACUUUACCCCAAGGUACCUACAACUUGUACCUUUUUUUUUUUUUUUUUUUUUUUAGGUUCUGUGCUGAUUCUUACUCAGGUGCCUCUACGUCUCUGCUGAAUUGAGCGAGGUUCCGUCGCGACACCUGCCAGACCGCCCGGACACAAUCCUAUUCUCGACUUCUUUUGUUCUUCAUUCCAUUGUUGCGCUUCCCCGGCCCUCGUCCGGACGGACCCAGACCUGCGGAUUCCCUUGGCUCAUAAGGCAUAUUACUAUUGAUUAGCUACGAAGACCGUAUACGUACGUCAGGAGACUAGCACCGGGCAAAGGAAACGACUCGGACGCCGCACACCGCACACUGCACACCGCACGCCAUCACCGCCGUCUUAUUACCCACACCUCUCCGAAUAUCAUCAAGGAAGACAAAUUACUACAUUCCUCACCCCGCCGUUCUUGACGCACUCCGAUCUCCUCCAACGACUCGACCCGACUCGGAUGCUUCCUUGAGCCUUCUAGAUCCAUCGCCUCACCUUGCCCAUUCAAGGUAAGCCCACGCACGCGGCUAGUAAUAGCAUAACAUACACACCACACGCACACACACAUAAACGCACAUAUACACUUUGAGCUAUCUAUGCUUAUAUCGCCUGGGUGGCCUUGGUCGCAUCAACAUCAACGCACCUCAUUCCGUCACCCCCAUGACUCUCCGUCCCCAGCCCUCCUUCUCUCUUCCUUUUCCCCUCGAACGCUCGAUCCGAGCAACAACCCCCUUCCCUACAACAACCAUUACCACUACGGAUACCUAGUCUACACCACCUUGCCUACCUUACCUUAGGUGCUACCCACACCCCGACGCAGCAAGAAGGAAGGGCGACAAGAAGUUGACAGACAGGGCUGCAUUGCUGCUUAUGUGCUUGCAUGGCACUAACACAACGGGCUACAAGAAACAGCCACACGCCCACCGUCGUGCUCGUGGUUCCUUGGUGUGGUGUAUGACUAGCCAGUCCCCGUCCGCAUCCUAUUCCUUUUAGGGCUGCUCGCCGAACAAGCGUCCCGCUACUCUACCCGUCCACCAGAGCGAUUCACCCCCCUCGUCUUCCUUAUCACCACUCCCCUUCUACGGAGUACAUACACUCCCUCCUUCAAAGUCCACCCAUCAAAUCAUUCCCUUCACCCCUCCCUUCUCGUCCUUCCAUUCGGCCUUCCUCUUCUCCACCUCUUCUUCUUCUGCCCUGCCCUGUAAGGCCCUGGGCUACGGAUACCUCAGGACCUAGUGUAUUCGUUCACAGUAGGCGUGCUAAGCUAGGGUAUCAGGUAUUCCCUCUCUCAGUCAGGUCUCUCGCUUUCUCUGCCUGGGCUGUCCUCUGUCUCUCAGUAUACCCUGCUGCUGCCCCUGCUGGGGGUAAAAAGGAACCACCCGGGGGCUUCUUCUCCAAUCCACGUUACGCCGAAGUUGGAGGUUUGGAUGUGCCUCCAUCUGGGUCCCUGGGCCGCUACCACUACGAAUACCGCUACCUACGGAUACCGCUACUGCUGCCGCUGGAGCUUCGCUUGACGCUGCCGACAGCUUCCCUGGGCUCCCCCCUCCACCCCCUUCUCCUCUCCUCUCCUUGACCAGGUCCGUCUCCUCCACUCGACUCGUUCUCCCGCCUUUUUUUCAUAAGUACUAGUCGCCUCUUUCGCCUUGCCAUACCUGGGGGUGUCGAUUUUAUUUUAUUUUUAUUUAUACAGCAGCUGGCGUCGUCACACAAUCGCCUCUUAUUUCAGCUGUCGUCUCCCCCCCCCCACGACCUGACCUGACUUACGGAUCUAAACUCUACCCACCCCAGCUCCGGCCACUCUGCUUCCUCCGACAACAGUUGCUCCUCGCAUUCCUCGACGCCGUCCGGACCUGAUCUGUUUCUGCUUGUCCCGCGAUUAGACCGCCGGACUCAACAAUUGUACAUCCAGUCCAACCACAUCGACGUCUGCUACUUUUCCCUCUUCUACGUUACGACUCGCGCCGCUUUGCUCGAUUCCGUCUAGUCUUGUCUUUCCUUUUUCAGUCUCCUCUCGGCCCCGACCGCUGCGUGACGCAAGAGAGAGAGACUGACAGAGACAGCCAUUCUCGGCUUGCAUUGGCCCCCGUUCUCAACCAACGGCGAACCCGACUGCCAUCGCCACCCACGGCCUCCAAGACGACCGCCUUGGCCUCGGACGCUUCUCGUAUCCCACCGCGAUCAGAACCCUAGAUAUUUCCCGGCCCAUCACUCAUGACGCCCGUGCUUCCGUCACUAUAAACCUUAGUGGCGCCGCUUCAGCUGGAAUUGUCAACACUCAGCCGGCAACUGCACAGAUACAAGCCGACAUCAUGGAGGCACCUUCGAGAUACAGGGAGCCUGCGGGUCUUCCCAGCAUCUUUAUAGACUCGAACCCAAGAGACUCAAAUCGAUUCGACUCUAGCAGUUACUCCUCCUCUGUCGCUAUCCCAGGUUCCGGAGACAGAAUCAACGCACCGCCGCCCUUACCACCACCACGACUCCCCUUUGACGACCCUCACAUGCAUCACCAGGAGCCCAGACAACACUACCGCGAUCCUUCAUCAUACAGCCCCAGAGAACAUAGUUACCACGACAGCUUGGGAAGCUUGGAUGACAGGCCACACUACAUGAGAUCCGGUUACAGGCACGAUGAGGGUUAUGCCAGCAUGGGUUCAUCUUCAGCUUCGGCUUCCACGAGAUCUGAAUGCUCCCUGCCUAGCAUCUCGGCUGGGUUUGGUCUGCACCACAACCAGUUUCAGUUCCAGUCCGGCGCCGACGCUUUCACCGACAUGAAGAAGAAGCUCGCUCCCCUGAAGACGUUCGAUAACAAGCCGCCUGGCUCACUCCUCAGUGCGUCAAGCACAUCAUCAACUAGCGACCCUUUCUCGAGGAGGCUUUCUGGCGACACGCGGGUACCGCCACUCUCCGUGCCCACCAGUCUUCCGUUGCACCUCAAGACGUCAAACCUACUAGACUCUCCCGACAGAUACACGCAGACUCCUCACUCUGCCCUCUCACCUUCCCCUAGAAGCCAGCCAUUCCAUCUCGGCCAGGAUUAUAGGUCCCCUCGGUCCGUCUCCGACCUCGACAGGUCACCACCUACUCGCACCAGAAGGAACAACAGCGAUGAUGCAUCAUCGCACAGCUACGAAGUGGAGGAGAUGGAAAUGGAGGAGACCAAUUCUAUGAAGAGAUUGCGGAUAGAGGAUCCCAUGAGAGCGCACUACGAUGGCGCUGGGGCGAAGCGCCGUGCAUCUGCUGAUCCCGACGACAGCGUACCACUUGGUUUCACCACCCAGGGUGACUUGCUACGCCGCCGCGAUGGAAACCAAAGAGGAUCCCCCACGCCUCGACUGAGUGUCAUCCCCCAAGGAUCAAUCUCUUCGCCAUCCGGUCGCGCAGGGUCUUACAGCUCUAACCUAUCACUACUCACCGGAAGCAUUACCAGCAUGGGCUCGUCGUCGUUUGGCCGAGUCUCUCCAGGGGGGCUUUCCCCAGGUGGAAUUUCGCCCGGCGGAACCGACCCCAGCUGCAGCUCUCCCUACAGUGCAUCAAUGUCGCUCAACCCCUCGCCUCGCGGUUCCCUCUCCAGGGCACCCCACCAGCGGACCAUUAGCGAAAGCCGGCCUCUCGCUUCUCCCCGCAAGCUUACGGAAGUGAGCAAGCCUGGUGGAACCAAGAUUUCGGGAUUCUUUAUGUGCGAUUGUUGCCCGAAGAAACCCAAGAAAUUUGAGUCGGCCGAGGAGUUGGCGUCUCAUGAAGCCGAGAAGCAGUAUGAAUGUUCUUUCUGCGGAAAUCGAUUCAAGAACAAGAAUGAGGCCGAGCGCCACCAGAAUAGUCUUCACGUUCGCAGACACAGCUGGAGUUGCUCGGCCUUGAAUGGCUAUGAUCGUGCGUUCCACGACAGUACCAAUCGCCCCGGUGAAGCAGACUCUUGUGGAUACUGUGGUGAGGAGUUCCCUAGAAACGGGAGAGGCCCCGGUGCUUCCGCACCGCGCCAUGCUACCGACCAGGACUGGGAAGAGCGCAUUCGCCACCUCCAAGAAGUGCACAAGUUUAGGGAGUGCAACAGCAGCAAAAAGUUUUUCCGCGCAGAUCACUUUCGGCAGCAUCUGAAGCACAGCCACGCAGGCACAAGCGGCAAAUGGACCAACAUGUUGGAAAAUGCUUGCAUGCUGGAUGAAGAUCCCACUCCGAGAUGAGCAUAAGCCAAGUUCUCAAGCUUGACUUACCGACGGCUCGUUGCGGACCAUGGCAUGGGUUGACCGGCCACUCAUCGAAAGCAAAUCUGCGGAACGCGUAGCGCGACAUUACUUGGGUGCGCCCAACUAAUACACCGAAUGCGAGCGAACGAUUUCAGACUGGACAAGCAGUCAAGAUGAAGACGGCCGUUGACGCGUAGGGCCGAGUGGAAUAUGUCGAGAGAGAUCCCACGCCACGGUCUGGUUAGCAAUUCCCUUGCCAGUACCAUGCGCAGUACAAAAAAGAAAAAUCAAAAGCAUUUUGUUGAAGCAUGUGGGCAGCAUUCACGGGGUUGAUGGGCUGGCCAUUUGGAAGCACCCAUAUUUUGGGGCCUUUGGAGUAUAGGUGGUUGCCAUGAGGGGCUUUCAGGCACCAGAAACAUAUCUGCAAACUGUCUGUUGCGCGCAUUCCAUUUGGAGGAAAUACCAGGCAUUAUCGGGCCAGUCAGUGGUGGAGAGGUGGUGAUACGAUGAAAUGAUAUUGGUAUUAGAAGAGAUGCAGCACGUCCUUCAGCCAGACUGGGGAGUUCAAGCUAGCAAUGUAUUUUGUAGGGUCAGGGCACACAGGUUGGACAAGAGUGAGAAAAGAAUAAAAAGUUACCAA